UCGGCAGGCUGAGUAGAUGAUGCUGGAUCACCGAGCAGCGGCAGUUCAGUCAGUCCGUCGCUGCGGUCCGACACAGCGGCCAGUCCUCAACAUCCCUCCAGCGUCCUCGGGGCUGUAACGCUAUGUGGCUCUGAACUGACGGCGGAGCGGUCGAGCCGGAGCCGGUUACGGCGGCGUAAACAUCGGCGGCGGACAUGAGGACACCUGCUACGGCGGCUUCUCCCAAAAGGCGGACCGGGACCCCUGGCUGGCAUCGAUUUUCGCCGUGCGACUGAGAAAGAAGCCUGUCGGAGUGCCUGGCGAGACGGUACUAGUGGUUACAAGGGACAUGCUGUCGAGGUGGAGAGACGCCAACUAAAGGAAAAACUGUGAAGGGUACCAGCUCCUCUGUCCUAACAGAACAAAUCGUCAUGACAAUUUUCCUGUUGUCCAGUCACUUCUUCACUGAGGGACCUCAUCCCUUUUCGGUUUCUGGACUUACCAAUGCAGGGAUGAGAUAAUAAAGUCAGCCAGCUGGUGCAUGCUGCUACAACAACUCUUGUGGCACUUGUAAACCCACCCGACCCUGCCCCCAACCCCUUUCCCCCGAGCUAGGUUAACUUCAACAGUCAAAACAUGACGACGCCGGCUCUCCUGCCGCUGUCGGGCCGCAGGAUACCCACUCUGUCGCCGGGCGCCUCCUCUUUCCCGCACCACAGAGCUACGUUGAGGCUCUCCGAGAAGUUCAUCCUCCUCCUCAUCCUCAGUGCCUUCAUCACCUUAUGUUUCGGGGCCUUCUUCUUUCUCCCGGACAAUUCCAAGCACAAGCGCUUUGACCUGGGCUUGGAGGAUGUGCUCAUCCCUCAUAUUGACUCGCCCAAAGAGGGGAAGCAUGCUUCUGGACAGGUGGUCAUACAUGGACAGGGAGGACAUGAUGAGCACAGACAUAGGGAGGAGGAGGAGAGCCUGCGGGACAAGAUCCGGGCAGACCAUGAGCGAGCACUGCAGGAGGCAAAGGAGAAGUUAAGAAAGUCACGUGAGGAGCUGCAGGCUGAGAUUCAGACAGAGAAGAACAAAGUGAUGGAGGACCUGAAAAAGAAGGAUACAGGGCCUAAACCCUUGCCACCCGUCCCCAUGCCCAAAGUGGUGGGCGUCAGUGAUGGAGAACCCCCGGAGCCGGACGUCAAAGAGAAACGCGACAAGAUCAGAGAGAUGAUGAAGCAUGCAUGGGACAGCUACAGACAGUACGGCUGGGGUCAUAAUGAGCUGAAGCCCCUCGCCAAGAAAGGACAUUCUACAAAUAUCUUUGGUAAUUCCCAGCUAGGAGCAACCAUCGUGGAUGCCUUAGACACUCUGUACAUCAUGGGUCUGCACGAGGAGUUCAAGGAUGGCCAGGAGUGGAUCGAACAGAAUCUGGACUUCAGUGUGAAUGCCGAGGUGUCCGUGUUUGAGGUCAACAUUCGUUUCAUAGGAGGACUGCUGGCUGCCUACUACCUCUCUGGACAGGAAGUAUUCAAGCUGAAGGCGGUCCAGCUGGCUGAGAAGCUGCUCCCGGCCUUUAAUACCCCCACAGGAAUCCCCUGGGCCAUGGUCAACCUCAAGAGUGGCGUCGGUCGAAACUGGGGUUGGGCGUCAGCAGGCAGCAGCAUCCUGGCUGAGUUUGGGACUCUUCAUAUGGAGUUUGUUCACCUCACCUAUCUGACAGGGAACCCCGCCUACUACCAGAAGGUGAUGCACAUCCGGAAGCUGCUAGCCAAAAUGGAUCGACCCAACGGGCUCUACCCGAACUACCUGAACCCCCGUACAGGCCGCUGGGGCCAACAUCACACCUCAGUUGGAGGACUCGGGGACAGUUUUUACGAGUACCUGCUGAAGGCGUGGCUCAUGUCAGACAAGACCGAUACAGAAGCUCGCAAGACCUACGACGACGCCAUCGAGGCGAUCGAGCGUCACCUGAUACGCAAAUCCAACGGCGGUCUGACUUUCAUCGGUGAGUGGAAGAACGGCCACCUGGAGAGGAAGAUGGGCCACCUGGCCUGCUUCGCCGGCGGCAUGUUUGCGUUGGGCGCUGACGGCUCGCCCGACGACAAGGCCGGACACUACCUGCAGCUGGGAGCCGAGAUCGCGCACACCUGCCACGAGUCCUACGACAGGACGGUGCUGAAGCUCGGCCCAGAGGCCUUUAAGUUUGACAACGGCCUGGAGGCGGUGGCUGUGCGGCAGAAUGAGAAGUACUACAUCCUGCGGCCGGAGGUCAUCGAGACCUACUGGUACAUGUGGAGGUUCACCCACGAUCCCAAAUACCGGCAGUGGGGCUGGGAGGCAGCGCAGGCCAUUGAUAAGUACUGCAGGGUGAGCGGAGGUUUCUCGGGGGUGAAGGACGUCUACUCCUCCAACCCGACCUACGACGACGUGCAGCAGAGCUUCUUCCUGGCAGAGACGCUCAAGUAUCUCUACGUGUUGUUCUCCAGCGACGACCUGAUGCCGUUGGAGAGCUGGGUCUUCAACACGGAGGCUCACCCGCUUCCUGUCCUCCACCUGGGCAACAUCACCCUGCCUGGCAGCGAGCCGGCUCAGCGGUAGACAGACAGGCCUUCUGCCUACACCACAGCACCAGGGGGCGCCACAUGUCUGCCUGCCUGCCUGCCUGCCUGCCUGCCUAAAAACCCACCCACCAACACUGGACAAACUUACAUUCAUCUCUACAGACUCUCAACUGCUUUUGGACUGCAGACAUCAACCGGAGGAGACGGAGAGAGAGCCCCCCUGCACAGACCACUGCAGAGGGGAGAGGACUUGGUUGUUGACUCUCCCUCUUUCCUUCUGUCUUUUACUCUUUGACUCUCUCUGUCGAUCUCUCUGUCUUCUCUGCUCCAAUCAGAAGGACGGUGGGUGUGCUGCUCAGCCUCACGUUUGGCUUGAAAGAACUCUUUUUCUCCGAAGGACCGAGCUCCAGAACUGGAGGCUUGAUUUAGGUUUUUUUUGUUAUAAUUUUUAGUGAUUUAUUUGACCAAACUUUCCUCCCAUGAAAACUCAAGAUGAGGCACUGAGAGUGCAUAUGGGAUUUUGUGAAGGAUCACGCAGUCAGUUUGACACUGUUCUGACGGAGGUGUCAUUUUUCCAAGCAGACAGAAUUGAGGACUUUACAGGGUCUGAUGAUAAGGUGUGUUUUUUUUUUUUUGUUUGGACAAAUCCUAAAUGGGGACACGGGGUUGAAUCAAAGCCCUCCGUUUCUCACAGAUCAAACCCUUCCCCAGUCCACUCCCUGUUUAAUCUUCAUCUGAUGAACUUUGACCUGGAACUGUUCGUAGCCAAUGGCAACAGUCCCCAGCUCCUCAAAUCCUCCUUUUUCAGGAAUGUGGACCAUGAUACGUGGAACAGAAACCACAGGGGGACGGCAGAAGGCCUCCCCAUCUUCACUGCUCCCCACCUCAACAUCUUUCCAGUUUCUCUUCCAGUUAGAGACAUCACAGAGCCGCAACUUUUCCCCAAACCAUUCUGCUGCUACUCGAUUGGAUGCUGCUUUCUUUUU